AUGCUAAGAAUAAUGAUAAUGGAUUUUGUAGGACAAAAGCUAACAUUAGAGAAGGAUACCGUUAAAGGUCAUGAAGCAAACUCGACAUUAAAACCCCCAUAUACCAUCCAACGUUAUGAAAGUAUUGUACCGUUUAAGAAUUACGAGGAGUUUAAUAAUGAUUUAAAUGGUGAAAAAGAGAAAUGGUAUGUUCUUGAUGAAUUAGAGAAAGAUUAUACAUAUGAAACAAGAGUUUCAUAUGCAGCAACAUCACCGACAGAUUUCAUAUUGGAAAUAAUUAGUUUAGAGGAUGCUGCAAGGAUAAUUAAAGCAAGAAAAGGGCUGAAUUAUUUAGAAUCAAAUCCAAAUCAAAUAACAAUUACAAACAAACGAUUUCUUCGAGUGAGGGCAAUAUAUACAGGUGUAUCAAAUGUACCUCAAAAAGAAUCUAAACCUGUUAUUUAUAAUAUUGUUUUGGAAACAUUGACAUUCGGUGUUCCACGCGUGGCAUUUAAAUUAGCUUUAGUUUUAGGAAUUGCAGUUGGUGUCGGUUAUUACAUAUUUAUUCCUAAAAUAUAUGAAUCUUUACUCAUCCAUGAUAUGAAAAAUGAAAUUUCUACAGAAGGAUGUGAUCCAUUUUUACAAGCAUCUAUUUGUUAUACAAAGUUUUGGGCAGGUAAAUGGGAUGGAAAGCCUGAACAUUAUAAAGCAAUUUCAGAUACAUCUUGUAUUGUUUUUACAGAUUCUGUGAAAGUAGAUAACCUCAUAAACAUGAUACCCAUAGUCCCUACAGUGGAUUACACACAACUUACACAAAUUGCUAGAAUAUUUACUGCUUUACGUAAAUCUUUUAGAAGUCUUGUUGAUUACUGUGCUAAAUUGCAACCUAACUCUUAUGAUACCAUUUCUGACACCAAAAUCUAUUUUCCUUUUCCAACUACUUUCAAUGAUGUAUCAUUUACUUAUACUUUAUAUAUUAAACCACUUGUUUUGGCUGCAGAAGCUAAAAAUCAGAAAAUCAUUGUUAAAUUUGUUCAACGAUAUAAUGCUGAUGCACAUAACUUAUGUGCUAGAGAAAAUAAAUCACCAAAUUUGCUGGAAGUUCAGGAUAAUGUUAUAUUUGGAUGGAAAAUAAUUAUUAUGGAGUCAGUAAAUGUUAAGUACCUCAGUUAUCCUUUGAAUAUGAUAAAAGACCUCACUACUGAAGAGAAAUCAAGUAUAAAGGGUUAUAUCAAACAUCUAAUUAAUAUAUUGCAUGAAAAUGACAUAGUUUUUGGAGAUUUAAGACCAAAUAAUGUCCUAUAUGAUCAUGAUUCAAGAAGGAUAUCUUUAAUUGACUUUGAUUGGGCAGGGAGGCAUAAUGUAGAUAAAUAUCCACCAUUUAUGAACCAUCCUGAUGAUAUUAAUUGGCCACAAGGGGUAGAAGAGGGGAAACUUAUGAAAAAAGAGCAUUAUGCUAAUUUAUAUCAUUAUUUUCAGAUGUAUAAAAUAAUAGAUUCUUUCUAA